AUGUUUAAGAAGUUAAGGUCCAAUUCAACGUCUCAUUCAAAGACUACAACAGAUAAUAAUCGUGCUGCAAUUUCACGAAGAUACAGUUCCCCAAAUCCCGUAAAUUUUGAAAUCCUUCAUGUGGGAAACCGUAGGGUUAGAACAAAUAAUAACACCAAUGGCACCAAUGAUGAUGAUGAUGAUGAUGAUGAUAUGUCACCAUUGGCUACUACACAGUCAAACAAAUCAGCUACUUUAUCAGAAGCUGAAACUUUAUACAUCGAUAGACAACAACGAUUGGAAUUACAAGAAAGUUAUAUCGACAAUUUCACAAUGUACUUGCCAUUUGUGAUCCGACAAAUGCGACUUCUUGAAUCAAGAAGGUAUUAUGAUACUGAACAUCCGCUGCAUAAUAGUAAUAAUAAUAGUGAAAGUAGUAGUACUAGUAAUGGUAACCAUAAUGAAUCAGAACCAAGUCAUAUUAUUGUCCCCAUAGAUGACAGUUUUGAUGAUACUUCUACUAUAUUUGAAGAAACACAUAUCCCCAUGGAAGCUUAUGCUGCUACUCAUUUUAAGAUUCUAGAUAAAAGUUUAACUGAUUUCACAAUCAAACGGCUGUUUAUAAUGGUAAAUGGCAUGUUGAAACAUAACAUGUAUAUAUUCUCAAGUGAAGAAUCAUUUGAAUUAUUCAAAUCGCUACGACUGAAUAUCAAGAGGGAAAGAAAAAAUCUGAUUGUGGUCUAUGACCAGCAUGGAUCUAUUAAAAGAACAUCAUCAGCAACUAAAAGAGAAGAUUUAAACUAUGAUGAUGAUAUUAUUAUUGAUGACCGUCCACAUAUUGUUCCAUUGGAUCUGAAAUUGAAAGGAUUGGGGUUACCAUUAUUCAAAGUUAUGAUUCCAUAUUUGUCUUCAUUCAGAAAGAAUACUCCAUUGAUUAUAUUCAAGAAAUAUAAAGAAGUUCCAUCUGCUCCUGAUCCAAAUAUACAAGAUGAAAUGGAAUUUGAAACAUUCAAUUUUUGUUUAGUUUAUUCCAAGUACUUCCAGCCUUACCGAAGAUUCAUCUUUGAAUUUCAUCCCCCAAAUAAACCAAGUUUUAAAAUUGUCAUGUUUCAAAGUAACUUCCGUCCAUUUGCUGAUUUCAGUUACAAAAAUACAAGAUUUAGAGUUGUUGGGCCGUCAAUUAUUCUGGGUGUCGUGCAACAUUAUAAUCCCCACAUGAGAUUAUUAGUCAUCGACGAGGAUAUGCCAUCUUUAGUUGAUGAUAUAGUUAACAAAAAGAGUAGUUCUGGAUUUAUGAAGAGAAAAUCCAAUGUUCCAUGUGUUCCAUUUGAUAUGAACGAUCCAGAUACUUAUCUAAACCCAAUUCCAAAUAAUUCUUUUGCCAAUGUAAUUAGUUCUUCUCAGUUACCGCAGCCCCUGUUCAUUAGUAAUGAUCUUCCACCGUUUGGGUCAUUUAAAGAUUCUAUAUUAUAUCAAAAUUCACAAUUACUUCCAAAGAAGUACAAUGAAGUUGGUAAGAUUCAAAUAUAUCAAGACAAGAAUAGUGCACAAGGGAGAAAUUUGGACAGUACUUUAUCUGUGGACAUUGAUUCGUUGGUACUUCUUUGUAUUAUGAGUACAUUACGUGAAGUUUCUAUCAGAAAUUCAGGAAGAACUAAUGCACCAGGAUCAAUUGGAUUUCCAGGUGCUUUAGGGCGUCAAUCUUAUGCAUUUGAUCCUCCAAGUCCAGGCGUUUUUGGUCUUUAA